AUGGUGAAAAGUGUCCCGACAUCUCUUGAAGGGCAUAAGACAAUGUCCAGCAAGUCAAGCACAACGAAUUCUGCAAAACCGAUCAUGUUAAAAAUUUGCAUUCAAGCUAUCACAUUACCGACCGCACCGUUCUGGGGACCUUACAUUUUUAAAGGCAGGGUUCCAAAUCAGGCAAAAGAGCGAAAAAAAAACGAGCGCUCGCUGGGCGUUGUAAGCUCUCUCGAACCACCAGUUCUCAAGCUAACAAACUAG